GGCUACUCUGCUUUGCUGCUUCCUAUUUCCUAAUCCCUGGCCAUGGCCAACGCUUCGGUCGCUCCCCUCACUCCGCUUCUCGUCUCCACGGCCGCCUCCUCCCCAUCCCUUUCCUCCCCUCCAGAAUCCAUCGCCGUAGUCGCGAGUCCGAGCAAACCCUCAGUCAACAACCACCGCCACUCCGUGCACAAGUACUGCCUCCUGGCUCGACGGCGGCACCUCGUCGCCGGGGUUUCCUUGUCCGCGUUCUUCUGGAAGGAGCCUCUCUCUUCGUUGGCCCGUGAGGUGGAGGUGGGUGCCUAUCUGCCGCCCUCCCCCGUCGACCCUUCCUUCGUCGUCUUCGAAGCAACCUCCAAAGACACGCCCGCUCUUCGUGCUGGCAAUGUGCAACCAUACAAAUUUGUUCUCCCACCAACUUGGAAACAAACACGAGUUGCAAACAUACUCUCAGGAAAUUAUUGCCAACCAAAAUGCGCUGAACCAUGGGUAGAGGUGAAAUUUGAAGAUGAAAAGCAAGGCAAAGUUCAGAUUGUGGCUUCACCGCUAAUUCGACUGACAAACAAACCCAAUGCUACAAUUGAAGACAUUGGAAGCCCUGAGAAAUUGAUUGCUUCCCUUGGACCUUUUGUCACUGGAAACACAUUUGACCCUGAUGAGUUACUAGAAGCAUCCGUUGAUAAGCUUGGUGAUCAAACAUAUUACAAAUAUGAACUCGAGACUCCAUUUGCUUUGACGGGCUCACAUAAUCUAGCAAAGGCCACUGCCAAAGGAAAUACAGUAAUCUUGUUUGUAGCAAGUGCCAAUGACAAACAGUGGCCAGUUUCUCAGAAGAUUCUCAGAGCAAUGCUCGAGUCCUUUCAAAUAUGAGUAUCCUCAUGAUCAAAGCCUAGUGUGAUUACCUAAUUCUUCUACUCUAAUGUUGUUAAUGGCGUCAUAUCUCCCUCCGAGAUUUGAAGACUGAAAAUUUGAUUUUGGCGUUUCCUAAAGGCAACAGAGCGGAGACUUUAGUUUCUUCUCAAAGUUAUGAGACUUUUUCAUAUUUUUGUCCAUACAAAGUGUCUAAUCGUUAAUGCUUGGAAAGAGAUUGAAAGUUUUUUCCUUUGUGAAUUGAA